AGCUGUAGUUCUCCCAUGCCUGUGUGGUAGGCCUGUGUGGAGCAGCAAGUAUUCACCUUGGAUUCAGCCAAUUCAGGGGGACAGUGAUUCAAUUUGGAAAUUUGAAUCACUGUUCCAAUUCGAUUCAGCCAAAUCAGGUCCAAAAGGUCCAGCACUGCUUCAGAGAUUCGGCCAUGGAGUAAAUAGCUGGAUGAUAAAGAGUAUGUGGGGUUUGCAACACUCCCCAAUCAAGUCCAUCGAAAGUCGGUGAAGAAGGGGUUUGACUUCACACUUAUGGUGACAGGGGAAUCUGGGCUGGGAAAAUCCACCCUCGUGAACAGCCUCUUCCUCACAGACAUGUAUAAGGAUCGCAAACACCUUAACGCAGAAGAGCGCAUCAUGCAAACAGUGGAGAUCACCAAACACGUGGUGGACAUUGAGGAGAAAGGGGUCAAACUCCGCCUGACCAUUGUGGAUACCCCGGGCUUUGGGGAUGCAGUCAACAACACUGAAUGCUGGAAGCCAGUGUCUGAUUACAUUGAUCAGCAAUUUGAGCAGUACUUCCGGGAUGAAAGUGGCCUGAACCGGAAGAACAUCCAGGACAACCGGGUGCACUGCUGCCUCUACUUCAUCUCACCCUUUGGACAUGGCCUUCGUCCCCUGGAUGUCGAGUUCAUGCGAGCUCUCCAUCAGAGAGUAAACAUAGUGCCUGUCCUGGCCAAGGCUGACACCCUGACACCCUCUGAAGUGGAGCGCAAGAAAAGCAAGAUCCGGGAGGAAAUUGGGCACUAUGGGAUCCGGAUCUAUCAGUUCCCUGACUGUGACUCUGAUGAAGAUGAGGAUUUCAAGCUGCAGGACCAGGCUCUGAAGGAGAGCAUCCCUUUUGCUGUGAUUGGUAGCAACACAGUCGUGGAGGCCAAAGGAAGGAGAGUCCGGGGGCGACUGUAUCCCUGGGGCAUUGUGGAAGUGGAGAACCCCACACACUGUGACUUUGUGAAGCUCCGUACUAUGCUGGUAAGGACGCAUAUGCAGGACCUCAAGGAUGUGACACGAGAGACUCACUAUGAGAACUACCGGGCCCAGUGCAUCCAGAGCAUGACGCGCAUGGUGGUGAAGGAGAGGAACCGCAACAAGCUGACAAGGGAAAGUGGGACAGACUUCCCUAUCCCAGUUAUCCCAACAGUACCAGACUCGGAGACUGAGAAACUCAUUCGGGAAAAGGAUGAAGAGCUGAGGCGGAUGCAGGAGAUGUUGCAGAAGAUCCAAAGACAGAUGAAGGACUCUCACUAACCUCCCUGCCCCUCCAGCUUCUGCGCCGCACAGAAACUGGAAAUGUUUACAUCGUGCUCCAUCCCAUCAAAGCCAAGUUACAGUACUCAGUACAACAACACACCUGUCACCUUAAGCUGAUGCAAUAUCGCCUUAUUCUCGAACCUCAGCGCUUUCCCUCCAGAAGCCUAGAGGAAAAAUGGCUGACACAUUGCAGGGCUCCUCUCUAUUGCCUUCCCUCGGCCUCCUGACUUAGAACUGAGCCUCCUCACUUCUAACAGUGGCUGCAAACCCACCCCUGAGACUCCAGGCAAUGCUUCCCCAUGGUUCAGCUGAGUUGCACCUACUUGCUUCACUGUGUCCCUUUAUGGUGAAUAUGUACAGCCUCUCUUAGUUCAAAGCACUCCUGAGGUGCACCUCAAUUCCCUUUCCGAGAGACCACAGAAUGUCACUCGUUCUUGUCAGCAGGACUCUGCCAUACUGGGAGAUUGUGCAGACCUACUGCUUCAGGAGAAGUCGUAUGGGUGGCUAGUGGAGCACCGUGGCUAUGGCUGUGGGAGAGACUGAGCCCUGGGCCCCCCAGUCUCCAGAUGGGAACUAGCAUUGUGCAGCAGUUCUAGAAGUAAAAUUCUAGUUCCCAUGAAUGAUGCCUGUGUCCUGGCACCUGGUUCUGCAGGGCCUCUGACCUGCACUGUAUGCAGUCACUUACACCAGGGCCAAGGCUAUUCUCCAAUAGUAAUGACCAGCAACAAUGACUUGGUGUUCAGGCAAAGGGGACUCAGGCCCUCAACCUCCUCUUCCAAACAAGCCUGGCUUUGUGAAUGAUAGCUGGACAGCCAACAUACAUUGUAACAUGUUUGUGAGCCCAGCUAAUCUGGAUGUCCUGGCCCUUGCUUCUGCCAUCAGCUAACAGCUUGAAGGACUUGCCCAUGUUUUGAGAUCACUGGGUCUUAUUCUAUUUGCUGAUACAUGAACUCAUCCAUUGAUGCUUCUGGGUUCCAAAUGGAAAGCCAGGCGUAUUGGCCCUGGGAGCAAGGAGCACAUUGAAUCAUAGUAAAGUAGGGCUGGAAUGGGCCUCUGGUCCAACCCCCUGCCUGAACCAGCUGCUCCUAGGUCAUCCAACCUCUUCUUGUACGGCUCCAACGAUGAAGAUUUCACAACUUCCCUAGGCGGCGCUAUUCUACCGUCUCACUGUUCUAACAGUGAAGAGGAUUUUUUUUCCUGAUAUCCAGUCUAAGCUUACUUUACUGCAACUUUAAGCCAUUGGUCCACAACCUGCUCUCUGCAGUGAGAAAGAUAUGUUCUCCAUCUUGUUUAUGGCACCCUUUCAGGUAUUUGAAGACUGCUAUCAUGUCCCCUCUUAAGCACUUUUCUGCAAGUUGAACAUGACUAGCUCCUCCUCCUACUUCCUUUCAAAGCCCUUUAUCAUUUUUGUCACCUGUCUCUAGACCCUCUCUAACUUCUCCAUGUCUUUUUUAAAAUGUGGAGCCCAAAACUGCUCACCAUACUCUAGGUGAGGCAUUACCUGUGCCAAGUAAAUAGGCACCAUCUCUUCCAGUGUCUUGCAUCUAAUGCUCAUAUUGAUAUGGCCUAAAAUCACAUUCAGCUUUUGUGCAGCUACAUCAUGCUGCAAACCCGUAUUAAGUUUGUGAUUCACCAAGAUUCCUAGAUCUUUCUCCAAAGUGCUGCCAUCCAGCCAGUUGCCAUCUAUUUUGUAUAUGUGCUUUUUGACCAAAGGUGCAGCACCUUACAUGUAUCAGCAUUAAACUUCAUUCUGUUCACUCCACCAUAGUAUGAAAUGGCUUCAGCCCCAGAAAGCCAGGUGACAUGGCAGUAAAUGUGCCCAAUUACUUCUCUUUUGUGUGGAUGCAUCUUCAAAGCUGAAUGUCAGGCAGUGCCUGCUUCGGGCCAUCCAACCUGUUCUGAUCAUCAGUGUAUAGGAGGUGUGUUCUGUGCAGCAUACCCUACACACAUCUCUUCUUCCCAAAGCAGAAUGGCUAGGUGAGUGGUGUGGGGCCCAUCUAUGGGUCAGAUUGGGCUGUGGGGUCCCAGCAUCACUCCCUCCUGCCCUCCAUGCACUAGGAUUGGGUCCCUGGGGGCUGGCACCACUCCCUCUCAUGAAGAUUGGGUCCUGGGAAAUAAAUGGUCAGGCAUAGCCCAGGAAACAAGUGCUCAGAGAUGUCCUUCUAACACUGUGGUAUGGCUGUAGAGGAAUGCAUGCACCAGCCUCAGCUUCCUAGCUGCCAUGAGUCCAUGUACCUUCCUGGCAUAGGUAUUAAUUCGUGAAGUCACUACAGGGCUCCCCUCCUGCCACACGUUCAUAUCCACACUCAGCAGGGCUCCCUUAGCAUGCAUACAGGCAUGCAUGAGCGCAUCUGUGUAUAGCAGGUAUCUUCCCUGGUACAGAGGGGUGCACAUACAUGUAUACACAGCAGACUCCCCUUCUGGCAUAGAUGCAGACACACAUGCACAUAUGCAAGGCCUUCUUUGGAUGGGUACAUGCAUAAGCAUACACUCACUGCAGGGUUCCCUUUUCUCCUCCAAGAAGCAUGAUUUGGGGGGCAGAGAAAGUACAACCUGUGUGUUGUGCAUGGCACUGCAAAAUUCAUGAAUUCUAAGCUCUUCCUGAAAUUCCCUGGUGAAGCUAGUGGCUAUUCCAUGUUCUGUCCCAGCCAGUCUCCUUGCCUUGUUCUGAGAAGCUAGAUGAGGACCUAGCUUUUGUCUCCCAACCCUGGCAAUUUGCCAGAGCAGGUAGUCCAGUCUCCAGCACACUGCAUAACAGUACAGGGCCACAACAGCUUGCAGCUUCUGCAAACCCAAUACCAAUUCCUUACUGGAGGUGCAUGGACUCCAUAAUCGAAUGAACCUUACUAGUGGAAAACAGUGAGCCCACCUGAGUCAGAGUUAGCUGUUAAACUAAAUGGUUUAAAGAUGAAGAUACUGUUUGGACUGCAGGCAGCGCACAGCAACACUACAGAUACAGUCCUGAAAAACCAGAGUAGACUUCCUAGCAUCCAUGCACAUGACAGGAACCAAAACAUGGGCAUGUCACAUGGGCUGUAGCUCAUCUAUCUGGUGGCGCUGACAGCAGGGCCAAGCCUGGAGACUGGGCAAGCCAUUUCAAGAAUGGGAACAAGCCUGUACUUCCUAUCCUCUGGCUCAGUGUCUCCCUUGGAACAUCUGGACCCAAAAGAAUCCUGGAAAAUCUCUUUCCUAGCCUCAGCCUGGACUGAAGAUCUUCCUUGUGGACCUGUCCUCACAGACCUCUGCACUGCAGAUGCAUUGCCCAUUCCAGGGGUGUGUAGAAAGUACUCUUCAUCCAGGUGGUUGGUAUCUCCUCUUCUGGGCAACGAGAGAUGGAAAACCAGUUUGAGUAAAAUGCUUAAACCUUCACCCAAAAUGCAAAUCAAACCUCUCAAAGCAUCUUUAUGCCUCCUUGGUUUUCUGGGUUGUGCGGCAAGCAUUGCUCCUGAAGAGUAAAGAGGAGAGCUGUCUUCACAACCUUCAGCCUAGAAAAGCAGAAAUCUCCCAAGGAAGACAGCUCUCCUCUUUACUCUUCAGCAGCUCUGCUUGCCACACAACCCAAAAGGCAAGGUGGCAUAAAGAUGCUUAGAGAGGUUUGAUUCUCAUCUUGGGUGAAGGGCCCAGCUUUUGAUAUGGAGGGCAGAGAAUGGCUCUUGUGAGCCAUCUGAUCCAAUUUUUCAGCGUGUAGACAUUUGAGGUAGCUUGGAUGAACUUGGAAGAGUUCCCAGACUUUUGGAGCUAUUUCCAGUCCAUGUCUUUGUGGUCAACCCCUAUUUGCAUCCUGCCUCCAGCUAGCAAUUAUUUUAAGCAAUAAUUAGGGACCUACUUAAUUUGUGGUUUCACAGAUUUCAUGGAAACUGUGAAAUCUGGGAUUGUUGGUGAAUUCACAAAAUCAAAACAAAAACAUAUAAAAUAAAGUGCUGGCUCCCCAGUGGGAGCCACUGGUCCUUGCUGCUGGGAGGAGCUGGUGGGGAGGCAUGAAGGGCAGCCAGCAAUCAAGAUGGUGGCUGCUCCCUUGUCCCUUCUCCCUCCUGGGUCCUCUUCACAAAUCAGUGCUGAGGGGCAGGACCGUUGAGAAAUGCCAGUGAAAUUGUCUCACCAUUAUUUAAGUAGGUCCCUAGCAAUAACCCAGGUCCCAUGUAAGCACGCAUUGUUUCUAAACAGCUAUUCUGUAUGACUGGCAGCACCACCAGUGUUAUCCUUCUCCUCUCCAACAAAACUGCUCUGCCAGACUAACCUCACUUAGGACUAAGUAAGCCCAAGAGACUCAAGUUGACUUCAGUGCCCUGUUCUGUUUGUAGCUCUAUGACUGGGUUGAUUGAAGGUUUUUGGAGAUCCCACUAUUACCUGAUUUCUAUCCCGCUGCAUCUGACCUUGUUUAACAUCUCUAUUAGGCUGUGAAGUCAUGCAGAACAUAGGAAACAAGCAUGCAAUCAUCACAUGUUUGUUUUGUCCAAGCCCAUGCCUAUUUUUAAAAACUAACUGACCCUGCUCUAAAUGACACCCCAUAGAGCCAACAGUGGGGUGGGCAGGGGUAAUCAGACACUGGCACUGGGCAGUGCCUCAAGUAAAGGGGGGCAGGGAGGGGAAUUAAACUCCCCUGUCUCCCCUCUGUCCCACUCACACAGGGACCCAAACAGGGGUCUGCCCAGCUUUCCUCCCCACUGUCGGGGCCAUGGUCAGAGCCAGGCUGGGCAGCAGCCUCAGGUGAAGUAGGGGAAAGGGAGGAGAAUUAAACUCCCCUUUUUCCCCUCUUCGGCAUGGGCACAGGGACCCCAGUCAGGGCCUGCCAGGGUUUCUGCCCCACUGCCUGCUCGCAUGGCAGGGGGUAUGGCCAGAGCUGGCCUGCAUGGCCCUGCCAUCUGCCCACCUCACCUGGGGCUGUGGGGCUGAGCUGAGCCAACCUGCGGGUGCUGCUGAGGGUGGGUGCAGGGGGGCUGGCCCAUGGGGACAGGGCCUUUCCAUCUGGAUUCAGCUUGGGCUGGGACCAGAGGAGCUGUGAACUCAGAUUGAUCCAGGCUCCCCAUGCCCAGGCUGGGUUGGGCUGGGCUGUUAUGGAGCCACAGCCAGCUGGGAAGGGCCCUAACCCUGGGCUGGCCCCUCCAUGCCCAUUCUCAGCAAGGGCUGCAGCCAGCCCCUCUCAGCCCCAGGCAAGGUGGGCCCAGGCUGGGCCAUGGGGACAGGGCCCUUCCCAGCUGGCUGUGGCUCUGUGACAGCCCUGCCUGGCAUGUACAGGUGAUGGCUGGCCACGCAGCAGCAUGGAGGCAAUGCUGCUGCAGCUGCAGGCAGGCACCUUGGCAGCUGGACUGGCCAUGCAGGACAAUUCCUUCAUGAGUGUGUCUGCCCACGUCACCUUGGAGGCGCCAGUGACCUGGAGCCCAGAAGCCAUCUGCCACGGGGGCUCAUGUUCCCGUAGCCACUGCCACUACACCCCUGCAUGGUGCCUGUGAUAAGCAAGCACCAUGCAGGGGGUGCAGCGGUGGUGGCGGCAGGAGCAGCGACUGCAGGCACAUGAGCCCCAGUGGCAGGUGGCUGCUGGGCUCUGGGCCCGCCAGUGCCUCUGAACCAACCUGGGCAGCCACAGGCAUGAAGGAAUCAUCUCACGCAGCCAAUCCAACUGCCAAGACACCCGCCCACAGCUGCAGCAGCAUUGCCUCUGCGCUGCUGCCCGGCCAGCUGCCACCCAUGUGCACUGGGCUGGGUUGUGACAAAGCUGCAGCUGGCUGGAAAGGGCCUUCCCCCAGGCCCUGGCCCAGGCCAGCCCUCUUAUCCACCCGCCUCACCCAGGGCUGAGUGGGGCCAGCUGUGGGUGCUGCUGAGGGCAGGCAUCGAGGGGCCAGCCCAGGCUGGGCUGAGCCAUGGGGCCAGGGCCCUUUCCAGCUGGCUAUGGCUCCAACAGUCCAGCCUGUCCUGGGCGUGAGAAGCUGGGAGCAAUUCGGGUGCACAGGUCCCGUGGCACCAGCACGAGCCUCAGCCGGCUAGAAGGACCCUACCCCUGUAGCCCAGCCCAGGUCAGCCCCUCUGUGCCCAUGCUCAGUAGCACCUUCAGGCUGGCCUGGCUCAGCCCCACAGCCCCAGCCACAGCACUAGCCCCAGCCCUGGGCAAGGUUGGUGGAUGGUGGGGCCAUGCCCCCUGGAAUCUGGCCAUGCCCCCGCCCCUACCGCUGGAGGGGGGUGGAGCCUAACAGGAGCUGCUCUGUCCCAACCAGGCAGACCCCAGCUGCGGUCUCCUGGUGAGAGGGGGGAGGGAGGGGGAAUAAACCCCCUAUCUAUCCCUUCACCUUAAGGGGUCAUGCCAGCUGGCAUCUGUCCAUGCCCCUGCCCCUGCUCUGGCUAGGAAAGUUCCAUAAACUGAUUUGACCCAAAUCAGUUAAAUCUGGUACUACAUUCAACCAGAUUUAUCUUAAACCAGUUUCAGCGAUUUUGAAACUGGUUUCUGUGCACUGAACUUAAGUUCUGUUACAGGUCUAAACUAGUUUCUGUUCACUGAAACCGGUUUAUGUGUAACUUCUAUCCCUCGCCCCUGUGCUUGAGGCCUGCACAGCUGGAUAAGUUCCACGCACACUGUGGGGAGGCAGGAGCAUGCAAGGAGGCAAGUAGCGCCAGCUUCAUAGUCCAAAGGACAGCAGAGCUCCCAGGAUCAGACCCACUGCUGCCAGUGGUCAAGCUUUGGGGUUUUCAGGAUAGGUGCCUGGCAGGUACUGGCCUUUGAUCAAUCUUAGUCAAGUUUAGACAGUGUCUGCAAGAAGCAGGGCAUUCUGGAAAAACUGUAAGAUAUCACAAGUUAUUUCUGAGUAGGCCAAAAAGACAAGAGCAUUCUCAGCCCUCUGACUGCAUGAAAUCCAUUGGCUCAUGCAGUAGUUAUAGAUGUGAGAACCCCACAAGAUGUAUUAGUGCUUUUCAUUUUCUUUUUUAUCUUGCUAUUUUCUUACAGAAAUAACCUAUCUUUGCAUGAUUGUCAUAAAUACAUUUAUUAAAGUACAUAAAGAGUAUAGGUUUAUAAAUUCUUAUACAUCUAGUGGAAAAUUUUUUAUCCACCUAACAAGUUCUCAAUAAAUAGAUCUGACUUGAA